AUGCAAUUCAGGUCACUUGCUUUGCUGGCAUGUGCCAGCUGUGCUCUUGCUCAUGGCAACCAUGGCCAUGACCAGACUCCCAUUUCCGGUCCACACAAGUCGUUGUGGUAUAACACUUUGCCAGGUGAUGGCGGUACACAGGCCGACUCUGUCUUCUCCGGCAUCUCGACCUUCGGCCGUCUGCCUUACUUCCCUUGCCUUGCGAGCGACGAGGAGAAAUAUGACAUUGCAUUCUUGGGUGCACCAUUCGACACUGGCACUUCAUACCGACCAGGUGCUCGAUUCGGGCCCAGUGGUAUCAGACAAGGUUCUCGUCGCCUCAAUCUCUACGGCGGGUAUAAUGUACCGAUGGAAGCGAACCCAUUCAACUUUUGGGGCAAAGUCAUUGACUGCGGUGACAUCCCUGUGACCUCUUACGACAACGCCUACGCUCUGCAGCAGAUCGAAGACGGGCACAACACCCUCCUAAUGCGCCAACCCUACACGGCCGCCAAGGAGCCCGGGAUCAGCAAGAACGGCAAGACCCUUCCGCGCGUAAUCACCCUCGGGGGCGACCACACCAUCACACUCCCCUUACUCCGCAGCAUCAACAAGGCCUAUGGCCCAAUCAGCGUGAUCCACUUCGACUCUCACCUGGACACCUGGAAACCCAAGGUCUUUGGCGGGGCCCCGUCGAAACAAGCGGCCAUCAACCACGGGACGUACUUCUACUGGGCGAGCGAGGAAGGCCUAUUAGCCAACGACAGCUCGAUCCACGCGGGGAUCCGGACGACACUCUCUGGCCCCUCGGACUACGACAAUGACGGCUACUGCGGCUUCACGCGCGUCGAAGCCCGCGAAAUCGACACCAUUGGCACCGACGGCAUCAUCAAGCGCAUCAUCGACCGCGUCGGCACCAAAAACCCUGUGUAUCUGUCAAUUGAUAUCGAUACCCUGGAUCCGGCAUUUGCUCCGGCCACGGGAACACCCGAGACGGGCGGCUGGAGCACUCGUGAACUGCGUACCAUUCUGCGCGGUCUCGAGUCGCUCAAUUUUGUGGCUGCCGAUAUUGUUGAAGUCGCUCCGGCUUACGAUACUAAUGCCGAACUUACCACCAUGGCUGCCGCUGAUGUCUUGUACGAGGUCAUGACUAUCAUGGUCAAGAGAGGCCCUCUGACGAAAAAUGCUACUCAGUCGGAGGACCCUUAUGUCCCUCAGGCUUCGACCAUUGAAGCUCAAGAAUUGUAG